GGGAAAACCGGGGAAUUCUCUGAAGAUUCACUAAACCUGACUACACAGUCCACUGGCGCGCGAAAAUUUUCAAUUGGCUCCACAUUUUUUUUCAAAUGGGCAAAGUCGCUUAUGUUUAUGUCGGCCUUGAACACGUGUGAGUCUGUUGUCGUUCGAGCCAAAUGGCCGAGUUAAAACCAUCCGUGUAGAUGCACCCAACGAAAACAAGAAAAAAGAUUCUAUUACAAAAAGGCGACGACAUUUCUUGGCAAUCAUCGAACCAAGCUCUACCGUCAGAAGGUGUAAAAGCUGAUCUCUUCGCUGCCGAAGCCCGCAGAGUUCUACACGGCUUCGGAACACAACUGUUGCAACUUCCAACCGGUUGCCAUUGGGAUCCAGUUUCCCGAUUGUGUGCAUUAUUAUUUUGAUUUCUGCACCCAACUUCCUGAAAGAAACGUAAAAAGACAUGUUACUCGCUGCUGCUUCAACCGUUGCCGCUGGCCCAGCUGUCGUUUUGAAGAAAAUCAAAGGCCCGGACGUGGAACAAUAUUUGCAUUAUGUCAGCGGUGCGGCAGGUAUGCUGGCAAUGGCAGGAGUCGGAGUGGCCGCUGCCUCGGCCUAUUAUUUGGCCAACCGGCCCAUCCCAACACAACCUCCUUUCGAUCUGGACAAUCAGACAAUUGUCGAGGGACCAGAACUCAUUCACUAUUCCCGCUUUGCUAAAGAUGGCAAAGAAAUGAAAUUUAUGCGCUACCUCUAUGAGGACACCCGGACCCUCUACGACGUCUUCCGGCGAGGAGCGCGUGUUUCAAACAACGGACCUUGUUUGGGGUGGCGAGAGGAUCCGACCAAACAGUACCAAUGGAUGCGCUAUGAAGAAACCCUGUUGCGUGCUCAGAAUUUAGGUUCGGGCCUAGUGGCUCUUGGCCUGAAGCCCACACCCGACACACUGGUGGGCGUCUACGGUCAGAAUAGUCCCGAAUGGGUACUCAGCGAGUAUGCCCUCUACAGCUACUCCAUGGUCAUUGUGCCGCUUUACGACACACUGGGACCCGAAGCAUGCAACUACAUUAUCAACCAAGCCGAAAUGUCUCUGGUUAUCUGCGAUAACGAAGAUAAGUGCAAGUCUUUGCUCAACAAUUCACCCUCCUGUCUAAAGCAGCUGGUUCACAUAAAACCAAUCUCCAAAGAGACAACCGAGUUAGCCAAGCGUAAAGGCAUCAACAUGUUGAGCUUUGAGUAUGUGGAGAAGCUUGGCGCGGAAAAGAAAAACAGGCCUGUGCCGCCUCAACCUGAGGACUUGUGCACCAUUUGCUACACGUCCGGAACGACGGGCAACCCCAAGGGUGUUAUGUUGACCCAUGAAAAUGUUGUGGCUGACGUCAGUGCAACGCUUCUGCAGUUGGGUGACCAGAAACCCAACUGCUCGGACGUGAUGAUGUCCUUCCUGCCUUUGGCACACAUGCUGGAACGCAUUUGCCAAAUUGCAGUGUACAUGCAGGGAGGCGCCAUCGGUUUCUUUGGCGGUGACAUCCGUAAUUUGAUGGAUGAUAUGAAAGCCCUUCGACCUACCAUCACUCCAGCCGUCCCACGCCUGCUCAACCGCAUUUUCGACAAGGUUCAGAGCGGCUUGAACAGCUCGUCACUCAAGCGCUUCCUCUUCAACGCAGCACUCAGCUCCAAGGAGAACGAACUGCGACGUGGUAUUAUCCGGAAUAACACUAUCUGGGAUAAACUUGUAUUGGGAAAAGUUCAAGACAGUAUGGGUGGACGCAUCCGACUUUUAGUCGUUGGCUCGGCUCCUUUGGCUGGAUCCGUUUUGACUUUCAUGCGUUGCGCCUUGGGCUGCGUCAUUGUUGAAGGCUACGGUCAAACCGAAUGCGUUGCGCCAACAACCCUCACCGUCCAGGGAGAUUCCACACCAGAACACGUCGGUCCCCCAAUCCCGUGCUGCGCCAUCAAGUUAGUCGACGUACCCGAUAUGAACUACUAUGCAGCCAGUGGCCACGGUGAAAUCUGCAUCAAAGGUACUAACGUCUUCAAAGGCUACUUCAAAGAACCUGAAAAGACCAAAGAAGCUUUGGACGAGGAUGGUUGGCUUCAUACCGGUGAUAUCGGCACCUUCUUACCCAACGGAACGUUAAAGAUUUGUGAUCGCAAGAAGAACAUCUUCAAACUCUCACAGGGUGAAUAUAUCGCACCCGAGAAAAUUGAAAACAUUUAUAUCAAAAGCCAGUACGUCGCACAAGUCUUCGUUCACGGCGAAAGUCUAAAGUCGUGCACAGUUGCGGUCAUCGUACCUGAUGUAGAGAACGUCAAGUUCUACGCAGAAGAACAGGGUAUUCCUGGAACACUCUCUGUGCUGUGCAACCACCCUGAUAUCAAGCAGCUUAUAUUGAAAGACAUCACAGAUCUGGGGAAAAAAGGCGGUCUUAAAUCCUUCGAACAGGUCAAAGAUAUCUAUCUACACCCAGAUGCCUUCUCAGUACAGAAUGGUUUACUGACGCCGACACUCAAAUCGAAGCGUCCCGAACUCCGUACUUACUUCAAACCUCAACUCGAGGAUAUGUAUAUGAAAUUGGACUAAACAACAAACAUAAUGCAUCGCUUUACUUCCAUGCUCUUAUCAGUAAUCUCGUUAUCCAACUGACACUAGCCAUUUGGAUUGUUUUGUAUCAUAGUUUGCCAAUCAAUUGUUUUCGCGCCCUUACAGCUUUUUUCUUCAGAUUACUCCUAUCUUCCUCAGGCCGUCCUAGAAUUUCCCUUAUCUUCUAUAUAACACAAAAGGAACUUUCUCUCUUUAUAUCUUUUUGUCUUUAAACUUUAUCCUAAGAACAUACAAUUUUUCAAAGUAGGGAAACGGUUGAAUGAGGUAACAACGGAAUCAGGACUAGUGAUGAUAAAAUUUCGACCGUCGUGCGUUUUGCAUGUUUGUGUAUUUUGUUGAUGUUUUGAGAUAUCAUCUCCGGAUAAUCGCUUUCGUUUUGUUGGGCUAGUUUAGGUUUUUCUAAUCACAUUUUUUUUUCCUUUUUUCGCUCAAAAGAAUCUAAUCUGGAAAAAUGGAACUUGUUUGGGGAGGGGAGUAGAAUUUUUCGAUCGAUUUCGUCUCGCUGUCGAGUUGCCAGACUGAAUCCUUCUUAACUAUUCACCGUACCAUUUGUAUUAAAAAGAAUUUGAAUUUGUAAUAGAGAAAGAAAGAAUUUUGUUUGGUACGUUGAGCGAAUAAUUUGUGUUGCCCUCAAAGGUGAAUUGCAAUUCUUGGAUGUACAUUGUUUCCCUUAUAAUUACAUCAUCAGUAGUCAUUUUUUCAAAAAUAUUUUCAUUGGCGAGUGGGAGUGUAUCGAGUGCCUGAUGGUAAUUUAUAGAGCAACUACAUUCCCGUGUAUUACAUCUAUUAUUAUUGACUACUAACAAAUUUUGUCCCAUUCUUGUCACUCGGAAAUGGACACCUGAUUGUUUCAAAAAAUUCAUCUCCCAAAUAUGACCGUCUUCUGAUUAAUAUGCGGUCAGCAAAAUGACAGAGCAGUAAGAAUCGGUUGUUAAGUGUAGGGAGAUGAAAGUAGUAGCCACGUGACAAGAUGCAAAGUGCAAGAGAAUGGCGCUAUAUUUGACGAAUGCUUAAUAUUGCAAAACAAGAAACAUCACUAUUUAGAUGAAUUCCCCAUGUGUUUGUUCUUACUCUAGUAAUAUUAAAUGAGAGUAAGAAUACAGUGUACAAUAUUGAACGAAA